AUGAUGUCCAAAUCGCUUGUCACGGAAUCUCGAGUCCCGAGGGGUAACUUCAACAGUGAAACGCCGUUGCCGUUAACACCGGACGAGGUUACUUCUGAGUGGCUAUCGGAAGCUCUUGGCAUUGUUGUGAAGGACUUCAAGAUUAGUUCCGUUAUACACGGCACUUCGUCCAAAGUCUUUGUGGAUCUUGUAUUUGACGAUGGCGUCGAGACUGAGAUUCCUAGUAGGGUUAUGCUCAAGGGAGGGUUUAACCCAGUGAUUCGCGAGACGGUUGCUCAGAUGCUGCCGACUUACCGCCGCGAGGCUGAGUUCUACUUUCACGUUGCGCCGCAGACUACAAUUCUUCUUUCCAAGAUCUGGUUCACCGGUACAGAUACCGUCAACGGUCAAGGCAUAUUUAUCAUGUCGGAUGUAUCAAGCGAAGCUACCUUCGGGAGCCCCCUGGAACCAUGGACUCCCGAGUGUGUUGGAGAAGGUCUAAAGCAACUCGCUAGCCUACACGCAAAGACAUGGAACACCAGUGAAGAAAAGUAUCCCUGGCUCUUUGGAAGGGAUGGAGCAAAGCUGGAGAACCCAGUCCGGAAUAUUAUUCUGGCGCUGCUGGAGCCUGCACCAUGGGAAGCACGCUUUGACGAAAAGGUUCAGCCGUCUGUGGCGACGGAACUUCUUGACCCUGACCGCAUACGCAGAGCAUUUCAGGCCCUGUGGAAAUAUGCAGAUGCGGAUAAGAAGUAUCACUCACUCUUUCACGGCGAUGACCAUGUCGGAAACACGCUGGUUGCGAAUGACGGCACUCCUGGGUUUAUCGAUUGGCAGGGUCUGCAGUAUGGGCCGUCGGUUCUCGACUUGGCUUAUUUCCUCACGGGUGCCCUGACGGUUGAGGAUAGACGCAAGCAUGAAACAGGUCUGGUUGAUACGUAUUUGCAGUCUUUGCAUAGGGAGGGAGGGCCGAGGUUGACGAGAGAAGAUCUUUGGGAUGAUUAUCGGCGAUAUAGUCUGCAAGGCUUCUUGUGGGCCAUGACUCCUCAGACUAUGCAGCCAGAUAAGGUGGUAUUUGCUAUGGCGGAGAGAUACUCUGCUUGUAUCGUUGACCAUGGAACUCUCGAACUGCUUGGGGUUUAA